CCAUAGAUAGAUAAGGUUGGUGGUGUUCCGUGUGAAGAGCUGAGUUGCAGGUGCGGAAGAAGAAGGAAGAAAGGGAGAAGGUGAAUGUCAGGUCCGGUGAGUUUGAGUAUAACAGCGGUGGGCGGUGCGCGCAUCACCACCAACAAUGGUGUCAAAGUGUUAGCUGCAGUCCCCAGCAAUGGGAUCAGCAAUCGGUUUUUACCCAUGAAUCUUACUCUGGCAUCUUCUACUUCGAUCUUCCCCUUGUCAACUUCCUCCGCCUCCUCCUGGAAGACUGCCGUGGCCGCCACCGACUCAGACCAGCUUUCUACCGACAAGCAAGAAGCGAGUAAGUACUACUUUGUGGUUGCGAAUGCGAAAUUCAUGUUGGAUGAUGAAGAGCACUUCAAGGAGCUUUUGUUUGAGCGGCUGCGUAAUUACGAGAACGUAAUAAGAACGGGAUUUCUGGCUUGUGAUUGAGCCAAAGUUCUUGAUAAAUUCCCAA